AUGUCUGCUCAGUCUAACUCGUCCAACACUGUUACUGGCCUUAAGGAGGACACCAGCAAGGCCUACGAGAAGGUUUCUGGUGGCGCUCAGAAGCUCGCCAACAAGGCUGACAACAAGGCCAGCGAGAUCAACCCGAACUCGCAGCCUUCGCUUGUUGAGCAGGGUCAAAAGAUGUUUAACGAUACUAGCGCAUACGUGCAGGAGCAGGCUGGCAAGGUCUUUGGCGAGGGCAAGGAGGGCUCUCAAGCUGCCGGCGCCAACGGAGAGGGUACAUUUAGCCAAAUCAGCGAACAGGCUCGUCAGUACGCCUCGGAUGCUCUUGAUGGCGUGAGCAACAUGCUCAAGAAGGGUAGCGAAAAUGCCGGCGAGGCUGCCAAGGACGUGACCAACGAAAACCACUCCUAUGUUGAGCAGGCCCGCCAGGGUGCCAGCGACCUUCUCAGCAAGGCUCAGGAGCAGCUCAACAGCGGCGCGCAGACCAAGUAA